CAAAAGCGCGCUGAGGGCCGGGCCAAAGUCCCGCCCAAAUUCAGGGACAGCUUCAAGCGUUUUUUCUUCUCGCCCACGGGAGCCCUGAAGACCAUUAGGCUGGCUCUUCUCAUUGGUGCACUAGUUUGUUUCAUCAUUGCCGAAGCCCAGGAGUACUUCAUAGCAAUCACAGUUCUGGAAACCUGCAUCGUUGUUUGUUUCAUUCUAAUAUAUAUGCUAACCCUUCACCACUUGAUGACUUUUUUACACUGGCCCUUACUUGAUCUAAUCAACAGUUUCAUUACUGCUGUGUUCCUUUUAAUAUUGGCUGCCUUGGCGAUACAAGAAAAGGAAAGAAGGCACUUAUUCUACAUUGGAGGGUCCCUGUGUCUCACAGCGGCAAUCGUGUGUCUCGUCGAUGGGACGGUGGUCACCAAGAGGAUGAGGAAUAAUAUUAAAAAAGCCCUGGGAAUCGAAAGCGAAACCGAAGUCACUCCCAUCCCGGCUCAGGAAACCGCCCCAGCACCCGUGAAGGCACCCACGAGGCCAACCCGACCCGAAGACGGGAGCAGCGGCUACAGCCGCCGGGCCACCUCGCUAGGCCUCACUGGGCCGCUAGGGGAUUUCCGCGCGGAGGUGGGACCACCGUGGUGA